CCUCCGAAGAAGGCCCCAAAGAAACUUUGGCCGGGUCGCAGUUCCUCCCCUGCCGCCCCCGCAGCCCGGCGGGGACGGGAGGCGGGCAGGCUGGUCGGCGUCCUCCGCUCGCUCGACUUCCGGGAGGCGGGGGCGAGGCGGGUCCCGGGCCGAGCCCCCGGCGGCCGCCCCCCUCCCGCCCCCGCGUCGCCGCGCCCGCGCGCUGCCUCCUCUCCCUGGCGCUGGCCGCGGCCCGCCGGCGUUUGGAAUUCUGCCCAAACCGGGGGGCUGGAGGAGGAGGAGAGGAGGGCCGGCGGCCGGCGGCGAGAAACGGAAUCCGGAGUCCAGAACCGCACGGAGAGAGGAACGGAGCGGCGGCGGCGGCUCGGGAGGCUCCGCCGCGCCCGCCCGCCCGCAGUGCAUCAGCGAGGCCGCCCGGACAUGCUCAGGAUGGUUAACACCGGGCAGUAUGCACUGGUUAACGGGCUCCCAGCCGCCGAGAGACUUGUUUUAAGCAUUUUCUCCCUCGCUCUCGCUUUUAAUCUUGUCUCUAGUGGCGUGUGUAGGGGGGAGGACUUUAUUUCCAUUGGCUAAGCUCUCCCUUCCCACCCACAUCUCUUCCACAUCACCUUGGUGUCUCCCUAAAUAAAACCAGCCCUCCUUAUCGCCUGGAAAAAAUCAGGAGGUAGAGUUUUGAAUGGGUUUAUAUAAACACUCACCCCUGACAGCGUGCGGCUGGGCUCUCAGGAUAAACUCACGGCGCCAGGCCUGAUGCUCGCCUUGCUUACUCUGCCUUGAACGUCAAGGAUUGAGCAGAACCCGAGGACUGGGAACUCUUCCCUGAAAUUUGGUCAACCUGAAGCCAGUUGCGGAACUGCACAGGGUCCCCAUGGACCUCAAGGAGAGCCCCAGCGAGGGCAGCCUGCAGCCCUCUAGCAUCCAGAUCUUUGCCAACACCUCCACGCUCCAUGGCAUCCGUCACAUCUUUGUGUAUGGGCCGGUGACCAUCCGGCGCGUGCUGUGGGCCGUGGCCUUCGUGGGCUCGCUGGGCCUGCUGCUGGUGGAGAGUUCUGAGAGGGUGUCCUACUACUUCUCCUACCAGCAUGUCACCAAGGUGGAUGAAGUGGUGGCCCAAAGCCUGGUCUUCCCGGCUGUGACCCUCUGCAACCUCAAUGGCUUUCGGUUCUCCAGGCUUACCACUAACGACCUGUACCAUGCCGGGGAGUUGCUGGCCCUGCUGGAUGUCAACCUACAGAUUCCAGACCCGCACCUGGCUGACCCCACAGUGCUGGAGGCCCUGCGGCAGAAGGCCAACUUCAAACACUACAAACCCAAGCAGUUCAGCAUGUUGGAGUUCCUGCAUCGCGUGGGCCAUGACCUGAAGGAUAUGAUGCUCUACUGCAAGUUCAAAGGACAGGAGUGUGGGUACCAGGACUUCACCACGGUGAGUACUUGGCUUUCUGCUCACUUUUGUGCUUGGUCCUCUUGA